AUGGGUGUAAUCUUACCCCGACGUAUUGUGCGUCGUAUCACUUUGCUCCCCGGCCCAGUUUCAUCCGGUAGUAUUGCUCGGAAAUCACCAUAUCAGCUGGUUGAGAUCGAAACGUAUGGCGCAUUUGCCAUGCGAUCUGCUCCAGUCCGAUUCCAAGUCCCUCUAGAUCGAGUGCGUGCACUGAACUCCCGGACGGAUAAGAUGCAGCAUUUACAGUUUUUUGUUCAAGGUGUUCCAUUUCGGUAUAUUAUUGAAAAGCAAGGUGCUGAAUUUGGCAAUCCGCAGGAGUAUGACUUCAUGUUUGCCGUGCAUAAAGAUUAA